GACUUGGGGCUCCACCCCCGAUUUCUUCCAGCUGUUCUUGUCACAUAAACGUUACGUGCUCAUAUACGACCAGAAGCUGAAGUCAAACAGUGUGUUUCUCAGGAAUUAAACAGGUAAAUAAGCGCCAGCGUGCUGACAACUAUUACUAACUGAUAAUAACGGGGUGGGUGGAGAGGUUUGCUUGUUGAGUUCGAGCAGAGGCGUCGCCACACCCACCUAACUGUCACCGCCUGCAUGUUGCUCUGAGCUAAUCCCGACGUUAGCCUCGUAACGGCGAGAAACUCCGUCCCCAAGUCUGGUUCAACACCUGUGGUGUGUGUGUUUUAGUUCGACGAGCUGCCAUGGCCACAGGUGGGGCCCUGAUGCCAGGGGCCACUGCUAUGGCUACCAAGGUGGAGCUGACCAUCUCCUGUGAAAACCUCAUGGACAUGGAUGUCUUCUCCAAGUCUGACCCUCUGUGUGCCUUGUUUGUCAACAGUACAGGCUCCCACUGGUAUGAGUUUGGGCGCACAGAAAUGAUCCUGAACUGCCUGAAUCCGAAGUUUGCCAAGAAAUUUGUUCUUGACUACUAUUUCGAGAUGGUGCAGAAACUGAGGUUUUGCGUCUAUGAUAUUGACAAUAACACCUACGACCUGGGUGAUGAUGAUUUUCUGGGGCAGCUUGAGUGUACCCUGGGCCAGAUUGUUUCAAACAGGCAGAUGACUCGACCUUUGAGGCUGAAGAACAAUAGGCCGGCAGGUCGUGGCACCAUCACAAUCUCCGCUGAAGAAAUAACAGACAACAGGGUGGCACACUUUGAAGUGGCAGCCCGCAGGCUGGACAAGAAGUAUUUGUGGUGGUCCGACCCUUUCCUGGAGUUCUACAAGCAGACAGAAACUGGAUGGCAGCUGGCUCACAGGACGGAGGUCGUGUACAACAACCUAAACCCAAUAUGGACACCCUUCCGCAUCUCACUGCGAUCUCUGUGUGGAGGAGAUGUGGAGAAGCCCAUUAAGGUUGAGUGCUUUGACCGGCGUUACAACGGCUCCCAUGCUCUCAUUGGGACCUUUACGACCACACUAGCAGAGAUGCAAGAGGGAACGCACCUCCGCCCGGUUGAACUUGAAUUCAUCAACCACAGAAAGCUACAGAAGAGAAACUACAAGAACUCUGGGGUCAUUUGCAUCAAGCGCUGCGUGGUGCAGAAGGAGUACACCUUCCUGGAUUACAUCAUGGGGGGUUGUCAAAUCAACUUCACUAUUGCCAUCGACUUCACAGGGUCUAAUGGGGAUCCAAAGUCUCCUCAGUCCCUGCACUAUAUCAACCCUGAGGGUUACAAUGAAUACCUGACAGCCAUCUGGGCCGUGGGAAACGUCAUCCAGGACUAUGACAGUAAUAGGAUGUUCCCUGUGUUUGGUUUUGGAGCUCAGAUCCCUCCAUCCUGGCAGGUGUCCCAUGAGUUUCCUGUCAACUUCAAUCCAUCCAGUCCGUUCUGUGCAGGCAUAGAGGGUGUGGUGGAGGCCUAUCAGAGGUGUUUACCUCAGGUGAAGCUCUGGGGUCCCACCAACUUUUCUCCGGUCAUCAAACACGUCUCCUGCUUCGCCAGACAAGCUCUCUAUCAGAAUAUGGCCUCACAAUACUACGUGCUGCUCAUCAUCACAGAUGGAGUGAUCACAGACAUGGACCAGACGCGCACUGCGAUUGUGGAGGCCUCUCGCCUGCCCAUGUCCAUCAUCAUAGUGGGCGUUGGUGGUGCAGACUUCAGCGCCAUGGAGUUCCUCGACAGUGACGACAGACUGCUGCGCUCGCCGCUUGGUGACGUCGCCGCCAGAGACAUCGUGCAGUUUGUGCCCUUCAGAGAAUUCCAAGGGAGCAGCGUGGCCCUUGCCCAGAGUGUGCUGGCAGAGCUUCCAGAUCAGGUGGCGUCCUUCUUCAAUUCUUACAAGCUGAAACCUCCAAGGGGUUUCAACGACUGUGCUCCGCCGGACUAUGACUCGUUAAAGUAACCCUCCUACGUACUACCUGUCUGCUUCUCCUUUACCCUCUUUCUACAUUUAUUGCAUGGGGGGAGUGAAAGUCAAUGCCAAGGAUUGACAUCUAUGUUACAUGAAUGUGAGGAAAAACACAUUAAAAUACUACUAACCUGAAAUCAGUGACUGGAUUUGUGAAUAGUGUUUAACAUUUGAGUUUUGUUGCUUUGAAGUUCAUUAGCAAAGUGUUACUGUGACCGAGAGACAUGAAGGAUGAUGUAACGCAUGAUAUCUGUAAACAAUCACCACAUACUCUGUAUUCUUCAAGCGUAUCACUUGAUGUGUUUAGAUUUCUUUGUGAAAAAAACUCAUUUCUUGUAUAAGGAAGUAGUUGUAGGUUGAUUUCUGAUUUUUACCUGAACUUUUCUAUGCUGUUAAUUCACACUCUCUCUCACUGAAUAAUUUGCAUUUCUCAGCCCUUAUCAUGAAUCAUAUGAGAAUGCAGUGGAAAGCGAGUGUUUUUUUGUUAUCUCUUGAGGUGAAAAUACUGGACAGGUUGUGUUAACAUCAAACUGGAUAUUCACAUCAAAUGCAGUGUCUGCUGCCUAUUUAAAUGGAGAAUUUGUCACCUCUCUUUGCAAGGUUGUCAACGGAUGUUUAUUCAUUAUGUCGUCUUUAUUAUUUUUUGUUGUUUGUAAUGGUUGGACAUUUUUGUUUCACCAUCAUGGGUCACGUUAAUAGCGUAGCUCCUGGUUGCUGAACUUGAUGUCAUUAAUAAAGAAUAUGUUAAAGUUCAGAUUGCGAUUGUCCCAUCAAUUCUAAAUUUGUUUAUUUUAAAAACAAAAGUUGUUUCUAUAUGUAUUGUGUAACAUUAUGUUGGAAUAAUGGUUAAAAUUUAGAAAAUUAAGUUAAUCUUGUGCAUCACUAACAAGUGUGUGUGAUCAGAACGACUUGUGAUGUUAAAUUCUUCCCCGGAGCAUGUUUACCCAGGUCAUAGGAGGAGAUUGUACAUUUAGUUUUAUAAAAAAUGAAGUUGUUGUCUGUUGUGAUUUCAUUACGUGUAAGUCUUUUUUCUUCUGAUCACUCUGAAGGAAAAUAAAGAAAAUAUCUAUUAA